UUAGUUAUUAAUGUUUAUUUUUAAUAGUCAGAUUUUAAAUUUGCUUUGCAAUUAACCAUUAUUUUAACUACAACACGUACCUAACUAUCACAUAUCCAUAUUUUUUAGCAAGAUAUAAACAUUUUAAGAAUUAGAAACUACAUAACAAUUAAUCUUCAAGGCGACAGUGGAGCAUUUACAAUGCCUGGAAUAAAUGAUAAGGCAGCCUAUAAAAUCAGUAAUAAAUUGUGCAAUAGACACUGUAAUGAUAACGAUUUGUUAAUUAACAAUUAUGAAUCCAAUAGCGAGGUAACGUCAAAAGCAUCUGAAUCUGAGAAUAUAAAGCAGCUUAGUACGACAACAUCUCAAUCAUGUCAGUUGAUCGACGAAGAAGUUUCUUACAACCUCAAUAAAAAAGUCCCUCAGUGGUCGGUAGAAUACGUCCUUAAAUGGUUCAAGCAAAUUGGGUUUAGCGAUUUUGCCAAUAACUUAUUGGAAAAUCAAGUUGACGGUGAUCUAUUAUUACGAUUAACUGAAGAUGAAUUAAAAUACGAUAUUGGAAUACACAACGGUAUAAUGAAAAAAAGAAUUAUGAGGGAAUUGUACAAUUUAAAAAAAUCAGCCGAUUACAGUGAUGUUGAUCCAACAGGCUUAAACUCGGUCCUAAAAUCAAUUAAUUCGGAAUAUUCUGUGUACACGUAUCCGAUGUUUAAUGCUGGAAUCGACAAGGAUUCUAUGAAGUUGUUAACUGAUGACCAACUCAAAAAUGUUUGCGGAAUUUCAAAUGAUAUUCACCGAAGUUAUAUAAUAGCCUCAAUCCGAAAAAUGCCGGUCUACAUAGAAAAUAUGGAUAAACCUUACGAUGCCUUUAUCAGUUACAGACGAUCUGAUAGCUCUGUGCUGGCUAGUUUACUUAAAGUAUACUUGAAAAUUCGAGGUUACAAUGUGUUCAUUGACGUGAAACGAUCAAAUGAUAUCAAAUAUCGUAAUAACGUUUUACAGACCAUUAAACAGUCAAAAAACUUUAUUAUUGUGUUGACUCAAGAUUCAUUUGACAAACAAUUUUUGGCUUCGUCAAAAGAAGAUAUCGAAUCUUUAGAUAUAAUUAAUAAGGAAGUCAUAACCGCGAAACAAAGCCAAUGCAAUAUAAUACCAGUAUUGAACAAUUUCUCUUGGUCUUCAUUUGUAAGGAUACCAGACGACUUGAAAAACUUGGAAAUGUACAACUCGAUAAAUUGGGUGCACGAAUAUCAGGACGCAUGCGUUAAUAAGUUGGUGAAGUUUAUGAUCAAAUGAUAGUAGCUCAAACCCUUUUCUCUUGUUAUUUAAAUCUAAACUGUAUUUAAAACAUACUAAUAUUUAUAACAACACUUAAAUGAAUUUGAAUUUAUAUAAUUUUAUUAUGACAGUUUACUAGUAUUUUACUUGUUA